CCAUCUGCCCCUCCUACACAUCUUGAAUAGUGAAAAUGAGUCUAUUACAAGACGUCCUCCGCACCCAGACACUGGACCACCUAGACAAGACGCUUGCAUCUACACACAUAGACGAGCAGAGCGAAGAUGAACUUGUCGAUGUUGUAUCGCUACCAGGAACUCCCUCACGAUCGAGAGCAGGUUCACGACCGUCUUCACGGCCUGCCUCAAGAGCGACUUCGCCCAGGAGGGCUGUGCGGUCUUUGCUGCAAAUGACCUCCCCUGGCCGACCGUCAUCAGAUAUCCUAAAAGCAUUCCCAACAGAGAUUUCCCAACGAAUCUUCAACAUGCUCUCUAUCAGGGAUCUCUCACGAUGUGCGAGGGUUUCGAGGAAGUGGUCGAAGAGUCAGACACUGAAUUAUGUUUGGUUCUUGCACUAUCGGAAAGACAGUUUCCACGACGACACGCUUCCACCCGGCAAAUGGACAAAGCGCGAGUCCAAGCAAAACUGGCGGGUAACUUAUCUGAAAAUCAUCGCUGAGCGCGAGCGAUCGCCUAUCUCCUACUCGCGCCCGCUCACUCCCAUCUCCUCCGGCUACCAGACCCCACGGGAUCUCCGAGAGGAGAAGUGGGAGCAGGAAAUCGAUAGCCAGCUCAAGCCCAGCAAGGUGGAGUUGCGCGAGAUGUACAAGGAGCUUGGCGGGCGAAAGGCGCGCGGCAAAGGCAAAGUCGGGAUGGAGACAGCGACAGUUAGAGAUAAGGGCGGCUGGACAGAAGAUUUUGACGACUUCUAGAAUGCACCCCUCGACGUCUCCCUUUCCGACACUCGUUCUAUCUUCAAUAUCCUUGUGCAUCCAUAAUAUUUUACGGCUAUGAACCACUUGCCCACGUAACCAGCAACAUGCGUGUAUGUUAUUGUAACAACACGAUGUAUAGGAUAGACAAGUUAUGGAGCCGGUUAUUGAUAG